AGGAAGCUGGUCUUUAAUGUGCCUCAUGACAAGUCCCACGAAGCACUGCAUGAUGAAGGGAGUGAGUGCAAGGAGUCAUUGAGGCAGGACACUGGAGACUUCUUCGGCACAGGGAUGAUGAUGGUUUUGUUAUUAAUGGUGUUUGACUCCGGGAAAGCAGUCAACCAAUCAAAUCUGUCACUUUUGUUUGCCCCCUCCUUCUCUCAGCGCACAAAAGGAAUAUAGGAAAGAGCUGGAAGCACACCUAUGAGGUGUCGGCAAAUGAGGUAAGAGGGAAACACGUCCACCUCUAGGUCUGAUUGGAUCUCCGUUUAUUAUCUGCCCCAUGUGCAAAUGUUAGUUUGAGGAACAGAGGCGUGAAAGAAGAUACGAACGUUCCUGCCCUGCAGACACGACAGAAACAUGGUGGAGGACACCAGCAAAAGUGGAGAAAUAAGUCCGGACCUUCAGCCAGUGGUACCUGAGCGCCGACGUUAUCACUUCCGUGCUGUCUUCUUUGUUUUACUCAUCUUGUCCCUCCUGAUCUAUUACAAUGUGUGCUUCUCAGAAGUCUCAGAUAUCUGGACAACAAUACAUACAACAUACAACAAAACCUAUUCAAGAGCAGCCUCGGCUGCAAACUUAUUUAUCUCGAGGGCUAAUUCUGCCUCUGUCCAAGUGAAAGAUACACCUUUCUCACAAACUGGAUCCCUUGUAGAACAGUGCAAGGCUGAGACACCAUAUCAUGUGGCUUAUCCUUGUAACUACCAUUACAUUUUAAAUGAACCAGAAAGGUGUCAGAAAGAAAAUCCUUUCCUGGUUCUGAUGGUACCUGUGGCUCCAAGCAACAGGGAGGCCCGUGAUGCAGUCCGCAGCACCUGGGGGUCCGAGAAGAUGGUCAUGGAUAAGGUGAUCAGUCUUUUUUUCAUGCUUGGUCUGCCCAGCCCUGAAGGUAGGGAGGAGCAACAGCAGAAGGUGUUGCAAGAGAGCGAGGAAUACCAUGAUAUUGUGCAGAGUGAUUUUUUGGACAGCUACAAAAACCUUACCAUCAAAACCAUGAUCAUUAUGGAAUGGCUAGCAUCUCACUGCCAAAAGGCCUCCUACGCCAUGAAGAUCGACUCUGAUAUGUUUCUGAACACGAACAGUUUAGUCAACAUGCUUCUCAAUGCCCCCAGGCAGAACUACAUGACGGGGCUUGUAGCCAUAGAUGCUUUAGUGCUCCGAGACCCUAAUUCCAAAUGGUAUUUUCCAAGAGAAGUUUACCAGGAAGACUACUAUCCACCCUAUGCUCUUGGCUUAGGCUACGUCCUUUCCUUAGAUAUAGCAGAAAAGCUUGUUGAAGGAUCCAAGCACGUCAAAGCUGUCUAUAUUGAAGAUGUGAAUUUAGGAUUGAUCAUGAAGUACCUGGGAAUACCGUACACCAGUCAGUCAGACUCCAACCUGUUCCAUGUCUUUCCUGUUCCUUACCAUCGCUGUCAAUAUUCAAAACUCAUUGCUACAACGACCAAUAACCUACAAGAACAAGUGAACUAUUGGAAAGACCUUAAGAAACCAGAACCACCUUGUUAGCAGUGGAAGAAAAAUAACAAUAACAUAUCUUAAUUGGAUGCCUCCUAUAAAAUAGAGAUGUGUUACAAAUGAGGACAACAUUCAGUCUAAAGUACAGUGAGUGAACUUGAGUUCCUGCUUAUAGAAAAGACAAAUGGCAAGAAAGUAUUUCUUGAGGCUUUAAAUGAAGAUCUUACAGAUCUAAAUGUGAAAUGUUGUUUACAAAUACUAAUUAUAAAGAACUUUUAUAUGCUUUUGAAAAGCAGAAUUGGUAUAUUUAUAAAUGUGAAAUACAGACUUAGGGUUUUGUAAAUGCUUUGUUUAAAGUUUCUUUAUAUGAUCCAAGUUGUCAACAAGAAAGUGUCUUUGUACAGGGUGUCCCAAAAAAAAAGACAUCAUUUGAGAUGUGAAUAUCUGAGGAACUACAUGUCCGAGGCAAAUGAAAUUAAAUAGGCUUCAUGUUGAACAAUGCAAGAUUUAUUUAGCAAAAUUCAAACAAGAAAUUCAGAGCAAUGUAUAUUUUAUAUCCGGUUCCACAGCUUCACAAAUGUUAAAUAUGCACACCGCCUGUGACAUGACACACAUCUAGUUGGUGGUCUAGUUUGUGCCAAACACAGGUUUCCAGAGAUGCUCUUCUUCCAGACUUUCUGGGGCUUCACACAAAUGUUUCUCGAACCUGAUUGACAAUUUCGUCCGAUACUGGUGGUCGUCCAGAUCCUUUUGCCCUGCACGGACAGCCUGCCUCUUUGAGUUUUUUGGGCCAUGUCCAAAUCUGCUUUCCAAUAGGUGCAUUUUUAUUGAAUUUUUGGAAAAUGCACACUGCACACCAUCUUCAACCGGAGAACUGGCUCUGUUAUUAGACUACAAAAUGACGUCAAAUUUUUUGGGAUACCCUGUAUAAUCCAAGUAAUGGAUUACUGCCGAGGUUCAGAUGUGAACACAGAGUUUUCCCUAUAUGUUAGUUUGUCUGUGUUCAUUUUGGCACUACCUACACCUGCAAAAAGAACAAAGAAAAAAAACAACUGUCAUUCAAAUAAGAGAAAACAAAUGCAUACAAAUCAGGGCUGUGCCAGAAGGUGAAGUGUUGUUGCUUUGACUCUCUGACACGCUUUGGCUCUCUGACAUGAGCCAGUGGCUAUAAGGUUAAAGAGAAGACUGUAAUGUGAGGUUACUAUAAAUCUAUAUUAAGUGAAUGUUAUAUGAACCAUGGCACUUUUAUACCUACGUACAAUAUUGUAAGUCAUUUUAAUCUAUCAGCCUUUAUGUAAACUCUAAGCACAUUGAGGGAGACCCUCAUUUACAAGGUAGCCAAGCCCAUACAGAAAUCAGGGAUGGGAAAAAAUGGAUUGUAAAAACAGAUCUAAACAGAUCAAAGCUAGUGAAGUAAGUAGGAGUAGAAGGUGUGAAACAAAAACUUGGCACUAGCUAAGAAGUAAAUGUUGAUAAUAAAAUAAAUAAAAUAAUAAUAAAAGUGACCCAAUAACUACAAUACACCAAAACCAUAUUUAAAAGUUAACUAAAAUUAAAUGAAACAGUUGCAGGCUGUGUGGAGGUGGCUAGAGGUUAAGAGUUUAAAAAGUUCAGGGGACACCAGCGUGUGAAGUUUUAGAGAUUCCUUUAAUGAAUUCCAGCUCACUGAUGCACCGUAGCGAAACGCAGGUUUUCCUAGGUCAGCAAACACUCUCAGCACCUUAGGGGUUGUCCUUUCACUGGAACGAAUCUGAUAAACUGCACUAUUUACACUGAGCUUUUCUGUGAUAUGCGGUGGCAUAUGGCCAGUAAGCACUUUAUAGAUCAACAAGCCAAUGUGUCUCCCGAUGCACAACCAGAGAUGACCAGCCAUCCUUUUCAUACAGUAUACAAUGAUGGGUAUUGUAGGGGUCACCGAUAAUGAAUCAAAGCAGAGUUGGAAGAUUUCAGAGUGGUUGUGGAUGCAUAUCUGUUUAUCACAGCAGGACCAUCAAUGGUGUUGCUUCAACAUUCUUUUUUGUGCACUGGGAACAGUACUUUGUUUCAAUACAGAAAGCCGAGUUUUUUGCCUCAGUUUACAUGCAAGCUUGUAUUUGCAUAGUAUUUGCAUCUGAAGUGUAACCAUAUGCCAAGGUAUUUGUACACACUACUUCUUUGAAUGUCAGAUCCCUUCAAGGUCAUCUUUUCAAAAGUGUUCAAAUCAAAUUUAGAGGCUCUGGAAAACAGCAUAACUUUAGUUUAUAUCUACUUUUAAUUCUAGUUUAUAAUUCUAAAAAAGCAACUGUAGGUUACAGGAUGAUGUCAUUGGCAUAUAAAUGUACUUUACAAUUGACAAUUAUGGGUGGCAAUGUUCAUUAAUAUAAAUAUCAAAUAAAAUUGGUCCGGCGAUCAAACCUUGAGGGACCCCCUUAGUUCCCAGUAAUAGCUCUGAUUUACUUCAUCUCAGGGCCACACAUUGCUGUCUAUCAGUGAGAUCAUUUCUAAUCCAGUUGUUAGCCCUGUGGUCAAAAUCAAUACUUUGUAGACUUUUUAAAAUAGGGAAUAAUUAAUUGUAGAAAAGGCGAUCUUUAGAGAGAUCAAUGAAAAUGACUGCACAAAGUUUCUGCAUUUAAAAUGAGAGCAGCUGCAGAGACCGUGCUAAGAUUUUCUCUAAAACCAGAUUGGUAGCAUGACAAGACUGUAUUUCCAUGGAGAAAUGCUUAAGUUGAUUGUUCACUAAAGUUUCUAAGAUCUUGGCUAACCAUGACAAUUUUGAGAUUGUAUAUAAGACACUAUAGGUCUUAAGACCUGAGGCAUCACCUCCUUUGGGAAGUUGGAAGUGGAAUUGCAUGUGCUGUUUUCCAGAUACUGGAAAUUCUGCUUGAUAAAAUAGAUCAAUUAAAAUAUAUAUGUAAUGUUUUUCUAAAGCCUCAGAAAAAGGGCAUCCAAACUGAUCCAAGCUGUGCUUUUUUACUGUGAAUGGCCUCAGCUAUCCAUGCUGUUAAGGGCUUAAGCUACUAUGCAAGGGUGAAUUGUAAAGACACAAUGUCUUACAGCAAGGGGUGUAUCAAUUUCAUUGAGCGGUGCUUCUCUAUUAGUAUUAUGAAAAUAAUUUUCUCUGUUUCAAAGCUGAAUUUGUAAAUAUCUGAAGGCUCUGUCAUCAUUUUUACUCAUGAAGGCUCAUGCUUUAUUUCUUGCAUUGAGAUAUUUGAGAGCUGAACCAGGGAUUUGAUCUCGGAUUCUAACAUUUUACAUGAGACAUGCUUGUUUACCACCACCUGGAAAGUUCGGCUAAAAUGGUCUAGUGAUAAAUCGAUAUCUGGGAUUUCAUAAGUGUGGUGGAUGCCACUGAACACCAGGUCAUUUAAGAGGUCUUGGUCACUAAAACAUUUAAAAUUUCUUCUAACCACCAUCCGAGAGUCUGACUUCAUUGGCUUGUACUGGCUUGUAUUUCUAAUGCAUCCAUGCUGUAGUCACUAAAACCAGGGUCAAAUAUACCUACAGAAGUCAUUUUGUCAGGUCUGUUAGACAACAUUAGGUCUAUUAGUGAUGACUUGGUGGGGUCAUGUAAGUGUGGUCAUAUAUGUUCUGUAAUUAGUCACUAGAGAGAGAGAUUGCCACACUUCCUUCAAGUGAUCGGAUGCAUUAUUCAACCAAUUCAGAUUAAAAUGAAUUAAGAUCAGCAUUUCUGAGCUGAUGUAUAUAAAGUUCAGCUAAAUUAUAUACAGUGUGAGAGGGUGAGGAAAGAGACCUACAGAUUUAUAGCUACCACAAAUCUGUUUCUGUUACCUGCACACACGUUUAGGGCUAAAAAUUCAGAACAUUUUCCUUUGGAUAAUGAGUUUAAGAGCUUUUUCUUAAAUGACAGAUUUGAUGUGAAUACCCACUCUGCUACCCCUUCCUGUUCUAUCAACUCUAUAUAGAUUAUAACCAGGUAGGGCUUCUUCUGAGUUGUUGUUUGAACCAGGAUUCAGUCAGAACUACAACAUCUGGACUGGCUUGUAAAAUCAACAUUUUCAGAUUAUCCAGGUUAUCAUGCUGAAGAAAGCUCCUAAUGUUUAAGUGAAUGAUGCCCAUGCCUUUUCUGUGUUUGAAACUAAUAGGAUGUGUUAAUCAUUUUGUUUCAAGCAUAGGUUUCUGGGUCUGUAAUGGCUUAAUGCUGAUGAGAUUAGCUGGGUUAAUAAAAAAAGUUACCUUUCUGCU